AAGUUAACACAGGAAGUGAAAAUAAGGAAUGAAGAAAAAAAACGUUUGUGACUGGGCAUGUCUUGUAAGUCUGUGAAGUAUAAAGAGAAGUUUAUGUUUUUUAUAUUGCAUUUCCAAGAGAUCUGGUAGUGUAGGCAUGUCUCCUGUAUUUACAGUUGUGCUGGUGCUACUCCUGACAGCAUCUCAAGUUAUUGUGCAAGGAGACCAAGCUUUGAAUCUACGAUGUCGGUGUAUUCAGAAGGAGUCAAAACGCAUUGGCCGCUAUUUGAGAAAGGUGGAGGUGCAUCCAGCCAACUCUCACUGCAAAGAAACAGAGAUUGUUGCCACUCUUAAAAAAAAUGGACAGAAAAUUUGCCUUGACCCCAGUGCCAAAUGGGUCAAAAGAAUCUUGAGUAGAAACCAGAAAAGUAAAUCCUUUAAAUCCCUAAACAAGGGGUAGUGUGAAAUCCAUAUACUACAGAUAUCACAGGCUUAUCUACAUUUGUAAUGUAAAUUGUAAAUACUAAAUAAUAAUAAAGUGCCUAUAUAUCAUUGUA